AGGCCCUCUGAGCGCCGGACGCUGAACCGCUCCAGUUGCUCUUGCACAUGCUCGUGAAUGAAUAUAAAGAAAAUGAAAACAUUGCUUAUGCAUCUCCUGGACCAGUACAGACUACAGUUUUAGGAAAGAUAGCUAAGGUUUAUCUUACUCCCUUUUCACUCAGCAAUUACAAACUACACCAACUUAAGUGCUACAAAUCCCGAUUAGAAAAGAGUUCUAACAAUGCAGUGGUGUGUAAGAAGACUGAACUCAAGAAGAAAACUUGCAGAAAGAUUUUAAUUCCACAGAAGAAAGCUACAUCUUCCAAGGCAGAAUCCAUGCUGCAAAAAUCUUUGGAUCUCCCUACUGAAAGUACCAAGCUGGGACAGAAGAGCAGUUCAGAUGAGGUGGCUCUCAGUGUUGAUAUGGAAAGCAGUGAUGAAGAUACCACAGCUGGCCUGGAUGAUUUUUCAGGAUUGUCACCAUAUGAGAGGAAGAGAUUGAAGAACAUAUCAGAAAAUGCGAACUUUUUUGCUUCUCUCCAGCUCUCUGAGUCAGCUGCAAGGCUCCGGGAAAUGAUAAAGAAGAGAAAGCCUCCUGAAUCCAAGAGAAAGAAACCAAAGAAGAAAGAAAAUGAGAUUGGAUGUAGGAGGUCAAUGCGCUUGCUAAAAGUAGAUCCUUUGGGAGUUGUGUCACCAACAACUCCAGCACAGCCGAUGCUAGUGGAAGAUGAAAAUCCUUUGUUACCUCCUGGGCCUUUGGAAAUGAUUCCUGAAAAUCAAGAUGACAACAAUGAACCCUGUAAAGGAUUUCUGCAGACAUGGGCAGAAGUGAGCAAGACAAGUACUAAGAAAACUGAGAAGGGGUUAUCUAACAUUAAAAGCUAUAAAGCCAAUUUAAAUAGUAUGGUCAUCAGUGAAGAUACUGUUCAUAAAGUUACCAGAGGGUCCAUCUUCUCUGUGGCUCUGCACCCAUCAGAAAUGAGAACUUUAGUAGCAGCUGGGGCCAAGUCUGGACAGAUUGGGCUUUGGGAUUUGACCCAACAAUGUAGAGAAGAUGGGGCAUAUGUGUUCUAUCCUCAUAGCCAGCCAGUCAGCUGUCUUUCCUUCUCACCCGCCAAUCCAGCACACCUCCUGUCACUGAGCUACGAUGGCACUGUGCGAUGUGGGGAUUUUUCCAGUGCCGUUUUUGAAGAG